AUGUUUCUUCCAUUAGCAUUCUCUAGGGUUCAUGAAGAAGUCCUUGACUCAAAUGGAGUACCCAUUUCUCCAUGUGUUGAAUACUACAUUUCAAUGCUUAAUCAUCAUGGCCCAACAGGUUGUGGAGUAGAACUAGACACAGACGGGAACUCAACAUGCCAAGUAGCUGUUCUACAAAAUUACCAUGAGAAUUUCCCUAGUAAGGCUCUGAAAUUCAGCACAGAAGGAACAAGUUCAGGUGGCAUAUUCACAAACACAGAGAUUACAUUUGAUUAUCACCCUUAUUGCGCAUCAUCGUCCAAGUGGGUGGUGGUAGCUGGUGGUGAUGAUUCAUUCCCUGCAAGAUGGGUGGGUAUCGGUGAUGCUGCAGACCAUCCAGGGAAGAAGAUCUUAAGUGGGAGCUUUAUGAUUCAGAAAUAUGGUGAGGGUUAUAAAUUUGCAUUUUGUGCCACCAUUAUCGACAACACUUGUUUUAGUAUUGGGAGAAUUGACGAUCAGUGA